UAUGAUCUUCAUUUUCUUGUGCUCCUCCACUCCCACCUUGAGAGAUUGAUCAUAUUGUUGUUCUUCACGUAUGUCGACUAGUAAAGGCAACGACGUUGGAGAAGGAUCGUCAUCGAGUUCGUCUUCUCUAGUUAUCGUUGAUGAUAACAAUCAACAACAGCACCAACAACAACAGCUUGUUCCAGUGAGUCGUUAUGAGUCGCAAAAGAGGCGAGACUGGUACACUUUUGGGCAAUAUUUGAGAAAUCAACGCCCUCCCUUGGCAAUUUCGCAAUGUAAUUCAAGUCAUGUGUUGGAUUUCCUUCGUUAUCUCGACCAAUUUGGUAAGACAAAAGUUCACUUAAAUGGGUGUGGUUUUUUUGGACAACCUGAACCACCGGGACCUUGUACUUGCCCUCUUAAACAAGCUUGGGGUAGUCUUGAUGCUCUUAUUGGUCGACUUAGAGCUGCUUAUGAAGAAAAUGGAGGUUCUUCGGAGACUAAUCCAUUUGCAAGUGGUGCUAUAAGAAUUUAUCUACGAGAAAUAAGAGACUCCCAAUCAAAAGCAAGAGGAAUUCCAUAUAAGAAGAAGAAAAAGAAGAACCCAACAAAGACUGAUGAAGGGGCCUAAACAACUUCCCAAGGCUUUGGAUUAGUGAGCACUGCCGAGUUCAUUUGAAUUGAAGUUUAGCUGUUUUUCUUAGAACCGAAAGCAUUGUGUUUUAUUUGGUUCUAUAACUCGAAGCUCAACACAGACAGUUUCUGGA